AUGUCAUCAAAUCAACGUUAUAAAAACCAUAAUGAUAUAGAAGCACAAAAUCAAAAUAAUCAAUUACCUAUAGUUCAAGUUGAUACUGUUGGAGAUGAUGAAAAUAUUUCAAAUUUAACAAAAGCUCAUUUAAAUCCUAAAAUUAAACCAAAUAUUAAUUCUCAAUUAAAUUCAUCAAAUCCUUAUAGUCAAAUAAGUAAUUAUUCACAUGAGGCAACCACAGUACCACCUUAUGUUCUUUAUGGGAUUGCCAAUUCUUCAAAACCUCAAGACUCUAGGAAAACUUAUGAUAAUACUGCUCAUAUUGGUCAAACUGUUCAAGAUCCAUUUAUUUCUUCAUUAAAUAAUAAUUGGGGUACUUUUUUCCAAACUGUUAAUAAUACUCCAUCUUAUGCUGAAGGUAUUUUAAAUCAUGAUAAAGAAGCUUUGAAAAAUUUACCUGAUUUAUCUGGGAAAUGGGGUGGUGAUGAAAGAUUAAGACAUUAUUUGAAUAAUGAAAAUUUUAAUAAUGAUGAUGCAACUUUAAAUGAAAAGAAAAAUUGGUAUUCAAAAUCAAGUAAUAAAUCUUCUGCUUCUUCAUCUGAUAGUAAUGAUUAUUUAAAAACAAGAUCAAAAGCUGGUUAUUGGAUGUCGACUGAUAGAAGAAGUGAAUGGAAACCAACAAUUAAAAGAUUAUUUUUAUAUAAUAACUAUAUUCCAUUAAUUUUAAGAAUUAUUAUAAUCAUUUUAAGUAUUGUUGCAUUGGCUUUAUCAACAAGUAUAUUUAGACAAUCAAGAAAAAAUUUCAAAUUAUCAAGUGAUGAUGGUGAAAGUACUUUAACUCAACAACCAAGUACUAUAAUGGCAAUUUGUGUUCAAUCUAUUGCAAUGGUUUAUUUGAUUUAUAUCUCAUAUGAUGAAUUUAAUGCAAGACCUUUAGGUAUUAGAAAUCCACUGGAAAAAAUUAGAUUAAUUCUUUUAGAUUUAUUAUUUAUUAUUUUUUCAAGUGCAAAUUUAUCUUUAGCUUUUAAUACUUAUUAUGAUGCAAGAUGGGUUUGUUCUGUUGAUGAAUUAUCAAGAUAUUUAAGAGUUGAUUCUAUUUGUGAUAAACAAAGAGCUUUAAGUGCUUUUCUUUUCAUGGUUUUAGUUAUGUGGGUUGCAACUUUUACUGUUAGUAUUUUAAGAGUUGUUGAAAGAGUUUCUUCACCAAGUUGA